CGGACCGGGGCGGGCUUGUGGGGAAGCGAAACUGGGGGAGGAGGAGGCGGCUCUGGCAGCGGCAGGGCCAGGCCUGGUGGCGGCGGCAUCGGCGGCCUGAUUCCCCCCUCUCCGCUCCUUGGCAGCUCGCCCUCUUCCCUCAGCUAACAAUGAGGAGGAGAAAUGAUUCGGAAUGCACUGCCCCUCUCAAGAAACAGAAGAAAAGAGUUGCAGAGCUUGGCCUGAACCUCAGCUCUACAUCUGACGAUGAACCUCCCUCCUCUGUCAAUCAUGCAGCAAAAGGCAUCCCCUGGACAGUGUGCCCUGGUAGUUAACUGUCUCGCCAGAAACUACAUAUCCCCUGAGAUCUAUAUGCGGCUUUCCUAUUCAAGUCAUUGCAUUAAAGCAGCAUCUGCUACAAGCCUAAGUGGGUCUGACAGUGAGACUGAGGGGAAGCAACGCAGCUCUGACUCUUUUGAUGAUGCAUUCAAAGCAGACUCUCUCGUGGAGGGAACUUCCUCUCGCUAUUCCAUGUAUAACAGUGUGUCCCAGAAGCUUAUGGCCAAGAUGGGCUUCAAGGAAGGUGAAGGAUUGGGUAAAUACAGCCAGGGUCGGAAAGACAUCGUUGAGGCCUCUAAUCAGAAAGGUCGACGAGGCUUGGGUCUGACGCUGCAAGGCUUUGACCAAGAGCUGAAUGUGGACUGGCGAGCUGAGCCAGAGCCCAGUGCCUGUGAGCAGGUGUCAUGGUUCCCAGAAUGUACCACUGAAAUUCCUGACACUCAGGAAAUGAGCGAUUGGAUGGUUGUGGGAAAGAGAAAGAUGAUUAUUGAAGAUGAAACAGAGUUUUGCGGGGAAGAGCUGCUUCACAGUGUGUUGCAAUGUAAGAAUGUGUUUGAUAUCCUGGAUGGGGAGGAGAUGCGGCGAGCUCGGACCCGGGCCAAUCCCUACGAGAUGAUCCGAGGAGUCUUCUUCCUAAACAGGGCGGCAAUGAAGAUGGCUAACAUGGAUUUUGUGUUCGAUCGCAUGUUUACAAAUCCGAGGGACUCUUAUGGGAAACCACUGGUGAAGGACCGGGAAGCUGAGCUUCUAUACUUUGCUGACGUCUGUGCAGGCCCAGGUGGCUUCUCGGAGUAUGUGCUGUGGAGGAAGAAGUGGCACGCAAAGGGCUUUGGAAUGACUCUGAAGGGUCCUAACGAUUUUAAGCUGGAAGACUUCUACUCGGCCUCCAGUGAGCUCUUCGAACCCUACUACGGUGAGGGUGGGAUCGAUGGAGAUGGAGACAUCACCCGCCCGGAGAACAUCACUGCUUUUCGGAAUUUUGUCCUGGAUAACACAGAUCGCAAGGGUGUCCACUUUCUGAUGGCUGAUGGGGGUUUCUCAGUGGAGGGACAGGAGAACCUGCAGGAGAUCCUCAGCAAACAGCUGCUGCUCUGUCAGUUCCUCAUGGCGCUGUCCAUUGUCCGGACAGGAGGCCACUUCAUCUGUAAAACCUUUGACCUCUUCACACCUUUCAGUGUGGGGCUCGUCUACCUGCUGUACUGCUGCUUUGAACGAGUAUGUCUCUUUAAGCCGAUCACCAGCCGUCCUGCCAACUCAGAGAGGUAUGUGGUGUGCAAGGGCCUGAAGGUGGGCAUUGAUGAUGUGCGGGAUUACCUCUUCUCAGUCAAUAUUAAACUCAACCAGCUGCGGAACACCGAUUCCGACGUCAACCUUGUGGUCCCCUUGGAGGUGAUCAAGGGAGACCAUGAAUUUACUGACUACGUGAUACGGUCCAACGAAAGCCAUUGUAGUCUGCAGAUCAAAGCUCUGGCCAAAAUCCAUGCCUUUGUUCAAGACACGACCCUGAGUGAGCCUCGGCAGGCAGAGAUCCGGAAAGAGUGCCUCCGGCUUUGGGGGAUUCCAGACCAGGCUAGAGUUGCUCCUUCUUCCACAGACCCAAAAUCUAAGUUCUUCGAGCUAAUCCAGGGCACUGAGAUCGACAUCUUCAGCUAUAAGCCCACGCUGCUUACUUCCAAAACCCUGGAGAAGAUCCGCCCAGUGCUCGACUACCGCUGCAUGGUGUCUGGCAGUGAGCAGAAGUUCCUCAUCGGCCUGGGGAAGUCUCAGAUCUACACAUGGGAUGGCCGCCAGUCAGACCGCUGGGUCAAGCUGGACCUGAAGACAGAGCUACCCCGGGACACUCUGCUCUCUGUGGAGAUUGUCCAUGAGCUGAAAGGGGAGGGGAAGGCCCAGCGGAAGAUUAGUGCCAUCCACAUCCUCGAUGUCCUUGUGCUGAAUGGCAGCGACGUUCGGGAGCAGCACUUUAACCAACGAAUUCAGCUUGCUGAGAAAUUUGUGAAAGCUGUUUCCAAGCCCAGUCGGCCUGACAUGAAUCCCAUCAGGGUGAAGGAGGUAUACAGGCUGGAGGAGAUGGAGAAGAUUUUUGUCAGGUUAGAAAUGAAGAUCAUCAAGGGCUCCAGUGGCACACCAAAGCUCAGCUAUACAGGGCGGGACGACCGGCACUUUGUGCCCACUGGCCUCUACAUCGUCAGGACAGUGAAUGAGCCAUGGACUAUGGGAUUCAGCAAAAGCUUCAAGAGGAAGUUCUUCUACAACAAGAAAACCAAGAACUCUACCUUUGACCUCCCUUCAGAUGCCAUUGCUCCAUUUCACAUCUGCUACUACGGCCGGCUCUUCUGGGAGUGGGGGGAUGGCAUCCGUGUGCAUGACUCCCAGAAGCCCCAGGACCCAGACAAGCUGUCCAAGGAGGACGUCCUCUCCUUCAUCCAGACGCACAGCGCCUGAGGAUGCCCACCCCUGCCGAAUGCCCUGUCGUUCCCUGAGCCUGGCCAUGAGGUUGGUGGCCUCCUCUGAAGAGCUCAGUUGGGGCCUUCUGGGACACUUUUUGGAAUUCCCUCCCCGGAGCCCUUCCUGGGAACUGUCUCCCCUGCCGGGACUCAGCCUGAAGGAUGCAGCUCCUACAGCACGUUUGAGGUCAGGGCCCAGGGCACAUGGGGCCAGUGGAGGAUGUGUCAGAGGGCAGCAGGGCUUCGGCUCUGCCAUUCCUUCCUGUAUCCUGUAGACUCACUUUUCUGAGUUCCACGCAGUGCCCUGAGGGCGGCCAUGCCCCUGCUUUGCCCAACUUUUUAUUGGGCUGACCCUGAGAGGUAGGGGGCCCACUGUUGUGAGCUGGCCAGGAGCAGCUGCUAUAUAAAUCGAGAUUUUGUUUCUUUGAACUUGCUCUGUUUUGAUGCCAAGUUGGAGAUUUUCUUGUCUCCUCCCCCUACCCUCUCCUGGUCUUCCCUGGAGUUCUUCCCAGCCCAAACCUCUGACCAUCCCGCAGGCCGGGAAGGGGGGCAUGUGGACCCCACAUCUCUGACACCAUGUCAGGAUGCAGGUAGCAUUGUCUGGUGGUGGGUGUGACUGCUUCCUGGGGUUGUAGAGCCUUCCUGGGCCUCAACCCUUUUGAUCUAAACCUCGGGCAGCUCUAGAAGGGGAGGAAGCAGCCUUGAAGACCUGCCAUUUUCUAUGCGUCAAACAGUAGUGGCCCCACUGUAACAGAGGUCCUGUUGGGUUGGGUCGCACCCAGUCCUCUGGCAAUCAUGGCACUCCCGUUUGUCCCAGCCACCUUGCCACCCUCCCCCCUCCUUUGUUUUUUCAUCCCCAGCAGGAGGCACAGUAGCUUUUGUUUGUCCUUUUGUGGUCACUCCAUUUCCUCUAUCUUGGCGGGUGGAGUGGGAAGCUGGGCAGUAGCUUUGGGUGGGGGAGGGAACCUGUGGUUGUUUGUUUUUAAUGGGAAAUACCUCUCAGAGAUGAUGCUCCUGUGGGCUCCCUAGGGCCUCAUCCCAGUGCUAGACUGGUUUCCAUGGAGAUAGAGGGCACUGAGGCUCCCCAUGAGGUUGAAAUUGACUCCACCUCAGGGGUCUCAGGCCAGCAUCCCCCAGGCUGUCAGCAGCACCGCUGAGAUGCUGUAUUUCCACCCAAUUCUGGGUAUCAGUGUGUCUUGCAGAAUCUUGGAUCAUUAAAGAUAAACAUAUUUUUAA